AUGGCUGAUAUACCCGAUCCUUACGCGCCGGGUAAUCAUGGUGCAUACCUCUAUACCUAUGCCAAAAAGGUGGAUCUGGUGCCUCUCCCAGUAUCCAACAUAACCCAAUGUUUAAACUACGCUGGACUGCCCCGAGCUAUAGCUACCGCUGGCGCUGAGGAAGAAGAAGAGUUUUACUAUGGCAAUUCUCUCACCAACAAUGGCACGUAUGGGACCAAAACGGCCACCGGAAACUCGCGCAUCUUCAACUGUAAGCAUUGCCAGCGUGCGUUUACUCGCGAGGAACACUUGACACGCCAUAUUUUACUGACCCACAACAAAUUGAAACCGUAUGUGUGUGGCAUCUGUACGCGCCCAUUCUCGCGCCGCGACUUGCUUCUACGGCACGCAAAGAACCUUCACGACGGGUCCGAAGUGGCGGUGCUGCGGAUCCGGAAGCUGUAUAAGAAAUUAGAGAAGGACGAUUCCGAGCUGGGCUCCGGCGGUUCUGAUCAGCUGCAUGGCGACCUGCAAAAGAUGAAGAUGUCUGUCAAUAUGUUGGUCAGCUAG